CCUCUCCUUCCUGUGUGCUUUGUUGCAGACACGGAUGCAAAGCCUGCAGCCCGACCCCAAGGCCCAGUACCGGAGUGUGUAUGAAGCCCUGAAGAAGAUGGUCCUGACUGAAGGCUUCUGGAGGCCUUUACGUGGGAUCAAUGUCACCAUGCUGGGGGCUGGCCCUGCCCACGCCAUGUACUUUGCUUGCUAUGAAAAAAUGAAAAAAUCACUCAGUGAUACCAUUCAGCAUGGAGGAAACAGCCACUUGGCCAAUGGUUUAGCUGGGAGCGUGGCCACGUUGCUCCAUGAUGCAGUGAUGAAUCCAGCUGAAGUGGUGAAGCAGCGGAUGCAGAUGUUCAACUCCCCCUACAAAUCCGUCUGGCAGUGCGUGAGGACAGUGCAGAAAACCGAAGGCUUUGGUGCCUUCUACCGCAGCUACACCACCCAGCUCACCAUGAACAUCCCCUUCCAGGCCAUCCACUUCAUCACCUACGAGUUCAUGCAGGAGAGGGUGAACCCCCAUAGGGAGUACCACCCGCUGUCCCACGUCUGUUCGGGAGCCGUAGCCGGGGCCGUGGCUGCUGCUGCCACCACCCCGUUGGACGUCUGCAAGACCUUGCUCAACACCCAAGAAAACAAAGCGUUGAGUUCACUUAACAUCACUGGGCACCUCUCGGGCAUGGCCAACGCCUUUAGGACUGUCUAUCAGCUGGGGGGCAUCGCGGGGUAUUUCCGAGGGGUGCAGGCACGUGUCAUCUACCAGAUCCCUUCAACAGCCAUCGCGUGGUCGGUGUAUGAGUUCUUUAAGUACUUUCUCACAAAGCACAAGCUGGAAAAGGGAACAUCUCUUUGAAGGACGUAAUGAUAUGCCCUCUGCUUGUGCCAGGAACACACCAGGUGCUGGGGGGAGAUGGGAGGGUCACAGCUGAUGCCACUUUCCUGUGGUCCUCAGCCACGUGUUCCCCUCGUUGCUUAAACAAUAGUUUAUGAAAUACUUAUAAUAAUAUAUAUAUUUAAUAACUUUAUUUUGGAGAGCCGAAAUAAUUGAUAUUUUUUUUCUUUAAGCUUGAAGUUGUAGUUUACUCCUCACCAGAAAUCCUAGGUUAUACAACCUA